UUGCCCGUGGUCAGAAAUCUUGAAUUGCAACUUUCAUGGGUGGGUCCCUGAAGAAUUUGGAAGCAUGCACAGAUGGGGCGUUUACCUCUGAGAAAGUAGCCGGUGUGUUCACUUGCUCCUUGCCAGCAGAUGUAGCGACACCUUCGGAGUGAAACAUCCAGAAUGGCAAAUAUACUAAGAACACUGAACGGAUGGUUUUGGUGGGAGAACAUCUGGCUUCCUGAAAACUGUUCAUGGUCAAACUUUGAAGACCGCAAUGGAUAUGUUUACCCCAAACCACAACAGUUAUACGUCACAAUUCCGUACGCCUUUGGGAUGUUGAUUAUCAGAUUCUUUGUUGAAAGAUGUAUUGCUGCCCCUUUCGCAAGUGUUUUGGGUAUUAAAAAUGCAAAACGUGUCAAACCCCAGACCAAUCCCACCCUGGAAACAUUUUUCAAAGAGGACACAAGAAAACCCUCACCGUCAGAGAUACGGAAAUUGUCCAAAAAGUGUAAUUGGUCUGUGCACAUGGUGGAAAAAUGGUUUAAGCGGCGACGAAAUCUAGAAAUCCCGACGGUGCAAAAGAAAUUCCAAGAGGCAUGUUGGCGAUUUGUAUUCUACUUCUCAUCAACAGUUGCUGGAUUCAUAUUUCUCUACGAUAAACCCUGGUUCUCGGACAUUUGGGAGGUGUGGAACAACUAUCCCUUUCACCCAUUGCAGCCAUCUCAGUACUGGUACUAUGUGGCCGAGAUGAGUUUCUACUGGUCGCUGAUACUGACCAUUGGGAUUGACACCAAGAGGAAGGACUUUAAGGCCCACGUUGUCCAUCACUUUGCAGCCCUCGGCUUGAUGUUCUGCUCCUGGAGUGCCAACUAUGUCCGCGUGGGAACGCUGGUGAUGAUUGUCCAUGACACCGCCGACAUCUGGCUGGAGGCAGCAAAGAUGUUCAACUAUGCUCACUGGGAGAAUACCUGCAGCACCCUCUUCAUAAUCUUCUCCAUCAUAUUUGUCAUCACACGGCUCAUCCUCUUCCCCUUUUGGAUUCUCCGGGCCACAAUGUGGUAUCCUAUAUAUUAUUCACAGACGAUUGUGAUAGCAUAUUUCUUUUUCAAUGGGAUGCUACUGGUCCUGCAAUUUCUGCAUCUCUACUGGGGCUACUUAAUUUUCAGGAUUCUGCGGAAAUUCAUUUUCAUCAAGGUGCUCAAGAGUCCUCUCCCAGCCUGGGCUAAAACGGACAAUGAUGAGAAUGUGAAAGAUGAAAGGAGCGAUGAAGAAGAAGAAGUUGACUCCAGUGACGCCGAAGAGGAGUGCAAGAAAAACGGAAUCAAGGAUGGCUGCGAAUCAACCGACCCGCUCCUAAACAACAACAACCAUUAGCACAUAACCAGCACCGUCUCCCUGUGGUAUCACUGAUUGCGCCCUUUACCCAUCCUACAGUACAGAGCUUAGUGUCAACAUCUUAACUGCAGUCCGUGAUUGAUUUUAUUGCCAGUCACUUGAGCUGGAGGAGAGCCCAGUUUUUAAAGAGACUGAAAAUAAUUUGCUUAACUCAACAAAAUGUGCUUAAUGGCCCAAUUUCUAAUAUGCUGCAGAUUGGCGGACGGCAAAUAUGACCUUUUCAACUCUUCCGAUGCUCGAGAAUCCCCGGAAGGUCUUGGAACACCAUCUUUUUGAACUUAGCUGCUCAUACUUUAAUGAGUCCUUUGAUGAGUUCUUUGGACACUGAUGCCCAGUCUCUAAUAAUGUUUCGACUCUGUUUGAGAAGUGUGGAGUUAGUGCCGAUUCCAUUGAGGAGCCAGCUCUGUUUCAUGGGAGGGAAGUCCAUGCCUCUGGAAUUCUUUCAGAAGAAUAAGGGUCAACCAUGUUGGGCUUGAGUCUUCCUCAGUGGGCUACUUCUUUGGGAACUGGACCUGGCGGAGGUGACCAUAGGAAGAGGAUCACAGACUAGGUUCUGCCAAAGCUCUCCAUACCCUUCGCACCCAGAAUGAUCUACCUGCAGAUGUGGUACUUCGUGGUAGCAUCAUGAAGCUUAGCUAGAGGCAAAGCUUUGGUGGCUGGGAUACAGGCCCAAGGAGGACUUUACAAUGCCUGCGCUUGAUAUAAGGCAGGGAUUCUCAACAUUGGGUCCCCAGAUGUUAUUGGACUUCAAAUUCUAUAAUCCCCAACCAAAGGCCACUGGGGCUGGGGAUUAUGAGCGCUGAAAUCCAAUAACAUCUGAGGACCCAACGUUGUAAAUCUCUGGUAUAAGGGGUUGCUUAGUGGCCAACAAGGCCUUUGAGUCACUAUUUAAAAUUUAUUUAAAGAUAGUGAAGGGUAUUGUAGAAUCCAGACGAAAGAGUUGUGGUAUGCAAGGACAAGACAGUGGAGUCGAAUCAGGAAUGUUGACGUAUCAUUUUUCAUGUAUUAUUAUUUGAAUUAUUAUUCAAAUUAUUAUUCAUAUUAUUCAGAGAGGCACGUGCAGACUGCUUUUCCGUGCUCUUGCUGCUGGCUGUUUGUUACCUCUGCCUCUACUCCAGGUUUGGGAUAAAAGUAACUAAAGCCCCAUUCAAAAGCUGGCCGGGAUCAGGGAAUAGAUUAACAAAAAAAAACACCGCAGCAGCGGCGUAGCUACCUUUGGGCGAACGGGUUCAAAGAACCCAGGCUGCCGUCCCUCAGGGGCUGCACCUCGUGGCCCCGACAGGCCCCCCACGUCUGAUGUCCGAUGCGGGGUGGGGUGAGUUUUAGCCUUAAAGGCUACACCACGCGGCCCCACUUGGGAGCUCGACCACGCCCCCACAUCUGAUGUCAGGCACGGGGGGCAUGGCUAACCGCCCGUGUCUGACAUCAGGCGCGGGAGGCAGAGCAAGUGGGGCCGCUGCCACGGCCGGACAUGCGCCGCCGCUGGCCUCCCUCCACUAGUGCACCACAGAUAUAGCCAGCUUUUCCCAUUCCUGAAAAGUCAGUGAGAAGUGUCCCCCCCCCCUUCUACUCAUCCCUGUCCAUAUUUUGAUCCUGGAUUCAGAGGUGUGUGUUUUUAAUCGAUAAAGUACCCUACAGCGUUCUCUGCAUUUUCUCAUCCCCGACUCAAGGGCACCACUUUACUUUACCAGGUUCUACUUCAGAUCAGGAGGUGACUUCCCUGCACUUCUCCCUGGGACUGGGCUGUUACUUUAUAGCCGAGCAUCUGCUUUGCAGGCAAAGGGUCCCAGGCCUAAUCCAUGGCAUCUGCCAAGAAGUGCUGGGAAAUACCCCUGUCUGUUUGAAACCCUGGAGAGCUGCUGCCAUUCAGUGUAGACCAUGGGGAGGCAUCCUUGGCCCUCCAGAUGUUGUUGGACUACAACUCCCACCAUCCAUAACUACGGUUUAUUUAUGUUCAUGACCAUCACAGCUGGGUAGGGGGCAUCCAGCCAGGCUCCAAGCUCCCAAGAAGUGGUCAUAGGUUGGCCAAAAACAGAGAAAGGAAGAGGGCCGGGAAUUCUUGCAAUGUGCUAGCUGUGAUAUGGGCAGGACAGGGUGGGGCAGGCUUUUUCUCUGCCUGUGAUACGGUGUUGAGUGCACAGUCCGGGUGGUUCUCCACCAUCCUACUCACAGAUCGCAGCUAGCAGUGUCCCCCCGGACUCCUGCCACAAUUUUGCUGACACAUGGCCAUUCCUCAGGAGGGCACACAGGGUGGUGGUGCUCGGAGCCUGGCUGGAAGCCCCUCCUACCCAGUUGUCAGGGGAGGAGAGCUGGAAUUGCAUGAAUUGCACUCUUUGCUAAGCAGAGUCCACCCUGGUUUGCAUUUGAAUGGGAGACCAUUCAAAUUUGCAUUUGAAUGGGAGACCACCAGGAGCACUGUUAGAUAUUCUCCUCAGGGGAUGGAGUGGCUCCGGGAAGAGCAUCUAGGUUCCAAGUUCCCUCCCUGGCAGCAUCUCCAAGAUAGGGCUGGGAGAGAUUCCUGCCUGCCACCUUGGGGAAGCCGCUGCCAGUCUGGGUAGACAAUACUGAGCUAGAUUGACCAAUGGUCUGACUUAGUAUAUGGCAGCUUCCUGUGUUCCUAACGGCUAGAUGUCAUCUGAAAUAGAUUCCUCAGUCCUGCAUAUGUACAGUUUACAAUGCUGAUGUUCUUGUGUGAAUGUAUGUAUAUAUAUUAAAAUCUCCAGUAUGUC